AAAGAAUAUGAAAUAAUGUAUUCAUCUUGUGAAGCUUCACAGAGUAACACAGGUGUUGAAGAAGUACUCACAGAUGGAAUGGUUUUGUCACCAGAGGAUCUGAGUUACCAAAUUUAUGAUAUAUCUGGUGAAGGCAGUUGUACAGUUUCUGUUGAAGAUUUAAAGGAAUGUCUAAAGAAACAGUUAGAAUUCUGCUUUUCAAGAGAGAAUCUAUCUAAGGAUCUCUACUUGAUGUCUCAGAUGGACAGUGACCAGUUUAUCCCAAUUUGGACAGUUGCAAACAUGGAAGAAAUUAAAAAACUGACCACAGACUUGGAUCUUAUUCUUGAAGUACUAAGAUCCUCACCAAUGGUUCAAGUUGAUGAGAAGGGAGAAAAAGUGAGACCAAAUCAUAAACGAUGUAUCAUCAUCCUUCGAGAAAUCCCCGAAACUACACCAAUAGAGGAAGUUAAGGCACUCUUCAAAAAUGAAAACUGUCCCAAAGUGAUAAGCUGUGAGUUUGCGCACAAUAGCAGCUGGUAUGUUACAUUCCAGUCCGAUACAGAUGCACAGCAGGCUUUUAGAUAUUUGAGGGAAGAAGUUAAAACUUUUCAGGGCAAGCCAAUCAUGGCAAGGAUUAAAGCCAUCAAUACAUUUUUUGCAAAGAAUGGUUACCGCAUAAUGGAUUCCACUGUAUAUACUCAGCCAGUUCAGACACAAGCACAGUUUGCCUCCCCACUCUUUAUGCAGCCUGUAUAUAGCCCUCAUCAGCAGUACUCGAUUUAUAGUAUUGUGCCUCAGCCCUGGUCUCCAAACCCUGCACCUUACUUUGAAACUCCACUGGCCCCCUUUCCCAAUGGUGGAUUUGUGAAUGGCUUUAACUCACCAGGAUCUUAUAAAACAAAUGCUGCUGCUUUGAGUAUAGGUCGACCAUUCCAUAGAAAUCGCAUGAAGACUCAUUUUAGGUCAUCUAGUAAUUCAGAACACUCAGUGGAAGGAUCGACUGUAGUUGGAUCAGUGUCAUUAGGUGAUGGACCAUUGAACAGAACUAGCUCAAGGAACUUUCAGACUGAACGGCAUAAUCACACACUAUCUGGGAACCAAGAACAAGUAUCUCCAAAGGAGUCUCCCACAUCACAGAUGGAGCAGAAUGGUGACUAUGGUGUUGGUAGAGGCAGGAGAAAUCUUUUCAGAGGCCGGAGACGUCGAGAAGAUGACAGAAUUUCACGACCUCAUCCUAUAGCUGAAACAAAGACUCCUACACCAAAGUUUGACUUGUUAGCAUCAAAUUUUCCUCCUUUGCCUGGUAGCUCAUCAAGAACACAAGGUGAACCUGCGCUGGAGAGCAGGAUGUCAGAUGUUGUUAAGGGAAUCUCCAAAGAAAAGGAGAACAAAGAGUUUCCAGCUAGUUGCCCAACUUCUUCUGAGGAAAGACAGACAGACAGCAAUGCCCAGCUGCCAAACUUGAAUGCAAGUUCUCCAAAUAUAGCUGAGAUUCCUGUGUUAAGUAGCACAACUCAGCAGGAAAAAAAUCUGGUGGAGGUUUGCCCUGCCAAGAAGGAUGUUUCUGACCAGACAGCUCCACUUUUACCAUCUUGUUCCCCUAAUGUUGCAAAACCACCAAGGAUAAACACCACUUCACCCUGUAGCAAUGUAAAUGUGGCCACAGCUAUUGCUGUGCAGGAGCCCCGGAAGUUAAGUUAUGCUGAAGUUUGCCAGAAGCCCCCCAAGGAGCCUCCUUCAGUUCCCGUGCAGCCACUACGAGAGCUUCGUUCCAAUGUUGUGUCGCCUGCCAAAAAUGAAGAGAAUGGUGUUCCUGAGAAGUCUCAUGAUAAGUCGCAUGAAAAGCCAGAAGGAAGGGCUAGUAAGGAUUAUCCUGGCUUCCGUGGUAAUACUACUCCCAGAGGUGCAGCUGGAAAAAUCAGGGAACAGAGACGCCAAUUUGGCCAUAGAUCUUCACCUCAGGGAGUGACUCGGCGUAAUGGCAAAGAGCAGUAUGUGCCACCCAGAUCACCAAAGUAAAAACAAAGAAACAAACAAAAAAAACUGUUCAAAACUCCUAUCUCUUUCAGUUAAACUUGAACUGUUGAUUAAUGAGCUAUGUUGGAGAGGAGGGGGUAUAUAGCCAGGAAGGAGACAGGAGAGAAAAUAUGGCCUGAACCAUUGUGGAUCUUUGGAGUUUGUGAAAGGCGGAAUCCUGGAAUUCAUCUCUAAAGUGAUUUAAAAUGCUGGAGGAUUCCAAUCAGUAUAAAUAUAUAUAUAAAUAUUAUAAUUUUUGUA